CGGACACCCAGGACUCCAAGAUGGCGUCAGUCGUACCAGUGAAGGAGAAGAAGCUCAUGGAUGUGAAACUGGGAAAGCUGCCCAGCUGGAUACUGAUGUGGGAUUUCACCCCUAAGGGCAUUGCUGGAGCAUUUCAAAGAGGUUACUACCAAUAUUACAAGUAUGUCAAUGUGAAGAAAGGGGGUGAUGCUGGGAUUUCUAUGGUGCUGGUAGCUUAUGUGCUUUUCAACUACUGUCAUUGUUACAAGGAACUCAAACACGAGCAGCUACGCAAGUACCACUGAAGAGGGCCCAGUGUGGAGGCACAUUCGGCAUUCCUGACCAUGACCUUUGCCUGGCACCCUUAAAUCCUUUCAUAUUCUAAUUCAGAAUUAACAUCCAAUAAAAGAUGACUGGUACUUGGAAAAAAAAAAAAAA